AUGCUCACUUCUUUCAUUACCCUCGCCCUCGCCCUCUCUGCUUUCGCCAGUCCUUACAAGAGAGACGCUAGUCUUAGCGUCUCCUUGUCUGGACCAGCCUCCAACAUUACCAGUAUCGACGAUCUCAAGUUCACCGCGACUGUAGCCAACACUGGCUCAAAUUCGGUGAAGAUCUUGAAGUACGGGACGAUUUUGGACGACAUUCUUCCAACCCAAUCUUUCACCGUCACCAAGGAUGGACAAACCGUCGAGUUCACUGGGAUCAAGAUUUCGGUGUCUUUGAAGGACACUAAUGACUCUUCCUUUGUAAUCAUUCCUCCUGGACAAUCGGUUACCGCGGAACAUGAUUUAUCGGCGCUAUUUGACUUUGCUUUAGCUGGUCCAGGAACAUUCACGUUCACGCCUGUGACGUCCUUCUAUAUCACUAGCCCGGAAGCUAGAGUCACCGAUGCGGCGAGCCUUGAUCAGGUUUCAGUAUCGUCUAGCUCUGUUGAUGUGAACAUCUCUGGUGAUUUGGCCAAACGGGAUCUUUUUCCUGUCCUGAAUACUCGCGCGGUUGAUAUCUGUACUAACAGUACCAAAGCGCACAUUAUCGAUGCAAGGUUGCUGCGGCAGGCGUCCUCUUAUAUUGCAGCGAACGGUACUAAUUCUCUCUAUAAUUCUUACUUCGGAACUACGCCGACAGACACGGUUCGCGCGGUAUUUGAUAGAAUCGCAAACGAAUCAUCUAACACAAGGACAAUGGACUGCACGGAUCCGCUCCUUUCAUGUGGACUUCGGCCAGGUAUCAUUGCGUAUACUGUCUUACCUGAUUCGGAUAUUUACUUCUGCAAUCCCUUUUACUCCUUGGAUUCCAGUCGUGGUCUUUGUUUCGGUACAGUUGAUGGCACCAUCACUGCUGACGGAACUGUGCUCCAUGAGUUCACUCAUGCGACUUCCGCUACCAUCGAUGUCGCCUAUGGCUGUGCUACGGACCGGGCGCUUCUUCCUGCUGAACAAGCUGUCAAUGCCGACAAUUAUAACUGUUUCGCAAACGAGGUUUACAAGGCCACUCAGUGCAGUUAG